AAAAUUCUUUAAUUGAAAUUGCGUGUUAAUAUUAUAAUAUUAUCAAUGGCUAUCCCAUCAGCACGUGAAUCACUUACACUUGCAGUAAAUAAUCGUUUUCUUCCAAACCUCGAAUACUUGCUGCAAGGCUCCAUUUUAGACACAGCGGUCGAGCAUUUAAUGCACAGAUUGAAAGGCCUAUGCGAUAAUGUGGACACCUCACCGGAGACAUUUCAUGACCUAGAGGUGUGCAUGAGUCUGCGGCAACCAAAUUCACCACAGCCGUUGCUGCUGCGGGUGCGACGCGCGCUCGGACGGGAUGCGCCGUUCCAGAUGCGAUAUUUGGGACAGCCCGAGGUGGAUAUGCGCCGACCCACGCUAGUGCGCAGCUGCAUGGAUUGCGCCUGUACCAAUGGCAUUCUCGACUUCCUCUCCGAAAUGGGCUUUCGCCUAGAAUUCGAGUAUAUAGCAAAAGGCUACAUGUUUCGCAAGGGUCGCAUGAAGAUAACCGUCUCGAAGCUAAUCAAAAUUGUACCCGGUAAGCAGCAGGACAUGGCAAAUGAGCCCAUCUCGCAGAGCUACAUUGUCGAAUUGUCGGUUGUGGCGCCCACUGGUCAGGAGAAUGUUGGCGAGGAGAUGCGUCUGUUUGCGGAACAACUAAAACCUCUGGUACAGCUGGAAAAGAUAGAUUACAAACGUCUAGGCAAUCUACCGUAAAUCUAUUCAAAUGAAUCCUCUAGCAAUUAAACGUUGCAUUUUAAUUACAUAUAAUUAAGCACAAUUAUGUAAAAAAUAUAUAUAUUUUAGG